AUACAAGUCCUGUCUACUUUGGUUUUCUCAGCCCAUGGCUAAUUUAAACUGGUUGUGAUAUUGUUUUGUGACAUUUGAAUCUGAAACACUAUUUUCAUCCCCAAUUCUGCUUUUAUUACAAAUUGAAAGUUAUUCCAACAUCCUUAUUCUUCGUUUCCCAGUUUGGAGUCUGUUUUGUGAAUCAUUGCUGCUGUGAAUGAUCCAUUCAGAGAAACGGGGAGAAUCUCCUAGAGUGAAGGAGAAGAUGGAGAUGCUUGCAGUACGUGGCCAGGAGACCGUGUUACAAGAAUUGAGCCUGUUCUGUAAAAGUGAUGUCAAUGGAGUUGGAGUGUUAUACGACCUGCUCAGAUCUCCCUGGCUGCAAGCUCUCCUAAAGGUUUAUGAAUGCCUCCAUCAAUCUAUCAGAAAAAAACCAGUCCCAGUCACACCCCAAGCGCGUGCACUAUCUCGUGAGGUGGUGGAGCUGUUGCGUGGAGUCCCUCAAUCCACAGAGAUCAGAGAGCUGAGACGACUUCUGCGAAAUCCAAACUUGAAGGCCUUACUAUCAGCUCAUGAUACUGUGGCCCAGAAAGAUUUUGAACCAAUCCUUCCCCCUCUACCAGAUAACAUCCCUGAAAAUGAAGAAGCCAUGAGGAUUGUCUGCUUAGUGAAAAACAAGCAGCCCCUGGGUGCCACCAUUAAACGCCAUGAGAUAACGGGUGACAUUGUGGUUGCCAGGGUGAUCCAUGGUGGGCUAGCAGACAGAAGUGGAUUGUUGUAUGCUGGAGACAAGCUGGUAGAGGUGAAUGGAGUUUCAGUGGAGGGACUAGAGCCAGAGCAAGUUAUCCACAUUCUGUCUCUGUCCCAGGGAACAAUUAUGUUCAAACUGAUUCCGGUUUCUGAACGGCCAGUCAGCAACCAAACAACACUCUAUGUGCGAGCAAUGGCAGAUUACUGGCCCCUGCAGGACCCUGCCAUACCUUGUGCUGAUGCAGGCUUGCCCUUUAAAAAGGGUGAAAUCCUUCAGAUUGUUGACCAGAAUGAUGUCCUCUGGUGGCAGGCAAGGCAAGUCUCAGACCUGAGUGCCUGUGCUGGGCUGAUACCAUCAAACCAUCUUCUGAAGAGGAAACAGCGAGAAUUCUGGUGGUCUCAGCCCUUCCAGCCCCAUGUCUGUCUCAAAUCAACAAUAUUGAGUACUGUGGAAGAAGAGGACGACAUGCAGAUUGAUGAGAAGUGUGUAGAAACAGAUGAAGAAACAUUUGAGUCUGAGGAGCUUAAAGAAGAAGAGGAGGAAUUCAGUGGUUCUGGCCAACGGGUCUUUAUUGCUGGUUUCCGUAGAAGCAUGCGUCUGUGCCGCAGGAAAUCCCAGAACAGCCAGCAGCCUUGUUACGCACGGUGUCCCAGCAGCUGUUACAGCGCAGCAGCAGCAGCCCCUUAUGAGGAGGUGGUGAGAUACCAGCGACAUCCCACAGAUCGAAAUCGACUAAUUGUACUAGUGGGUCCUUCAGGGGUUGGCGUGAAUGAGCUAAGGCGGCGGCUUAUUGGAAUGAACCCUCAUCAUUUUCAAAGUGCUGUACCCCACACCACUCGUGCUCAGAAGAGCUAUGAAGAGAACGGUCGUGAGUAUCACUAUGUAUCAAAGGAAACAUUUGAAAACAUGGUAUAUAGUCACAGGUAUUGUCUGUUAGUGUUUAUAAAUCCCUUAGCUAUAGUUAGAGACUUCGUAGGUCCCGGACAGGACUUUGCCUCGCACAGGGAGCGACAAGGUCAACCCGGGGCUACCCCUAAGAACAAAGACUCUAAGAGACUAGACUCAUUUGGCCGUAAGGUUUAUUCAUCCCCUAGCCUCCAGUUCAGGGAAGCCAACCAUCAAGCCCUCCUGGGACGCUAUGAUUUUAUGUGGCAAGCCAUAGCCAAAUUCAAGGGCUUUCUUCCUGAAGCUUCUAGGAAGGAGUUCUGGGCUAUUAUGGACGAGGGCACAACUGCGGCCAGGGCAACGCUCCAGGCGGCAGCGGAUGCAGAGGACACCACUGCCCAAACCAUGGCCUUAGCCAUCGCUAUGCACCAGGCAUCCUGGGUGCUCCUCUCUGGCUUGUCCAUGGAGGCUCAGCAGUUGAUGCAAGCCCUGUUUGCAGAACAGAUGGACAAUAAGGUUCAUGGCCUAAAGGACUCCCACACGACUCUUAAAACGCUGGGCCUCCUUGACUUGCAGGGUAUCCAAAUGGCUCGGACCCACGAACUAAAACCCUAUAUUAUAUUCAUCAAGCCACCCAGUAUGAGCUGCAUGAGACAGUCUCGGAAAAACGCCAGGAUCAUUACAGACUAUUAUGUGAACAUGAAAUUCAAGGAGGAAGACUUGCAGGAGAUGGAGGAUUGUGCUAAGAAAAUGGAAGCUCAGUUUGGUCAGUUCUUUGAUCAAGUGAUUGUAAAUGACAGCUUACAAGAGGCCUGUGUGCAGCUGCUGUCUGCAGUCCAUCAGGCACAAGAUGAGCCCCAGUGGGUCCCUGCUACAUGGAUAUGUUCAGACACUCAGCCAUAAUUCUGAGAAGCAGGCAGCUUCCCAAAGAUGAUACCUUAUGUUUUACCUCAAGAAUAAUCUUGUCAGAAUUGUAAGAAUAUAUCUGUGUGGAGAGAUUUUGCAGGGGGAUUAGGAAAAAAACUAAAUAAGAUAAUCAUACUGUCUUCAUUGUAGUUCUUACAGCAACAUGUGAUGCUUAACAUCAAUUUUGUACCAAAAAACUGCUGUAGUCUCUCAGAAUUACAAAAAUAAAAGAUCUGUU